GAUACCGUUCAAGAUCGGGCAGCCCAAGAAACAGAUUGUACCCAAGACAGUGGAGAGAGACUUUGAAAGGGAAUAUGGGAAGCUUCAGCAAUUGGAAGAUCAGACCAAAAAACUUCAGAAGGAUAUGAAGAAAAGCACAGAUGCAGACUUGGCCAUGUCCAAGUCAGCCGUCAAGAUCUCUUCGGACCUGCUGUCUAACCCCCUGUGUGAACAGGAGCCCAGCUUCCUGGAGAUGGUCACUGCCUUCGACACAGCGAUGAAGAGGAUGGACUCUUUCAACCAGGAGAAGGUGAAUCAGAUCCAAAAGACAGUCAUAGAGCCUUUGAAAAAGUUUCCCCAUUUUUUUCCCAGCCUGAACAUGGCAGUGAAGAGACGGGAACAAACGCUGCAGGACUACAAGCGCCUGCAGUCCAAGGUGGAGAAAUACGAGGAGAAGGAGAGGACUGGCCCCGUCCUCGCCAAGCUGCACCAGGCCCGUGAAGAGCUGAGGCCAGUGAAGGAGGACUUUGAAGCCAAAAACAAGCAGCUCCUGGAGGAAAUGCCCAAGUUUUAUAGCAGCCGCAUCGAUUACUUCAAGCCCAGCUUUGAGUCGCUGGUCCGGGCGCAGGUGAGGUGGUGUCCCCUGUCUGCCAGGCACUGCCAGGUGUCCCUUCG